AGUGCUGAAAGCACUAAGAAGUCUUGACUUCAACUUUUGACGACACCGAAGCUUCAUAAGUCACGCCCUUUCUUCCCCCCCUCUUCUCCAGCCAUUCUAUUAUUCUAACGCACACUCACUCGACGCCGUUGCCGUUGCUCGUUCGCCGACGCCGUUUCAGUGCAGCAGCUUUUGAAUCAGAGCCUCUUCACUUUGGGCCCCGGCAUUAUGAUUUCUGGGAGUUGCUCUCAGUCCGUGUGAGAUAAAGGUUUGGAUGGUGGAUCAUGAUCUGUCUUGCAAUUCAUGUUGCCGACACCAGAUGUUAAUUACUUAGACUUAUGUAGCUUUACAAGGCUAUCUCCGAGGUAGUGAUUUUGAGAGAAUAUUGGACAUGAGUAUGCUGGUGGUGACAUGCUUGAGCCAAGGCAAGCUGAUAUACCUGCAUUGUUUCUUGUCUUGGUUGUGCUCCCUUUGGUUGCUUACAUCUUACUUGGAAAAUGGAGUGAGGCUGCAAAGAAAAGAGAGAGGAUAAGUUUGCUUGCUCAAGUGGCUGCUGAAGAAAAUCUUAGAGCAGAAACGAUGGCCGCUGCUAAUGCUAUUCCUCUUAUGGCUUCUUCAAAGAGUGGACUUCAUGUGUGUGCGAGAUGCUGUGCUCCGGCUACAACCCGAUGCGCCAGAUGCAAAUCUGUUAGAUAUUGUUCUGGAAAGUGUCAAAUUAUCCACUGGAGGAAAGCUCACAAGCGAGAGUGCCAGCAAUUGGAAAAUACCAGCUCUAGCUCUUCUCCUAAGAGUCUCUCAGUUGAAGAAUCCAUUCAUGAGAGGGUUUUACUUAAUGAGAGCAUGAAGUCACAGUUCCUUGGUUACAAUAUUAAUCAGAGGGAUAAAGCUCCUACUGAUGAUAUUACUUAUCCUUCAAUAAGCAUUGGUGUCUCUGCUGCUGGUGAUUGUUCUGCAGUUGGUACCUCUCAAAUCCCCAUGCUGGAGAGAAGAACUAUGGGCAAGCGGGUUUCUCGUAAAUCCCACAGUGAAGUGUUGAGAAGAGAGGAUAAAGAUGUAAUUGACACUUAUGAAGAAGCCUCCAAAAGUGGUACUACCCACUCAACUUCUAAUUUUAUCUCAUCUAAGGAGGCCUUGAUAAGGCAUAAGUCAAGAAACAGUGAUUCUGUUGUGUCAAAAGUAGAAACUCCAAGAAACCCCAGUGUCAUUUGCUCUAAUGUGAAUAUUCAUGGACAAGCUGCUUCAAGUACAAUGCAUGAGAGUGAUAAGUAUAAAAACCAACAUGGGACUAUAGUUGAACCAAGAAACAGUUGUGGAUUCUCAAGGUCAUCACAUUGGGCAAGAAAUGGAACAGAUGCACAUGAAAUUGGGAUGGAAUGUGAUAAGUACGGAGGAGAUUCACUUGAAUGGGAAAAUACUACUAAUGUCAACACAGUAAAUUUCAACUGCUCUCCUGAAAUGACUUCGAAUAAUGGAAGUAUAAAAGCUAAAGGUGGGUCACAUUCUCUACGGACCAAAAUUUCCAAAUUGCCAAAAUCAACAAUGCAAGUUUCUGGAGAGCAUUGUUGCUCAGGGAUACAGAGGAAAGGACAAAUUUCCAAUCAAUUAAGUCAGAGUGAAGUUGCUAGAAUGAGUGAUAUCGUUGCUGCACAGGAAGGCAAUGCGGAUGCGAAGGUGGGAAUCAAGAAGAUGGUGGGUCUAAGAAAGUCCAUAAAACUUACCGGACAGGGUGCCCCAGUAAUUCAUGCCAAAAGACACAAAAAAUCAAAGAUGCUGUUUCCUUAUGAAGAAUUUGUAGAGUUCUUUCAGUGUGGAGUCUUUGACUUAUCACCCAGGGGCCUUUUAAAUUGUGGUAACAGUUGCUAUGCUAAUGCUGUCUUGCAGUGUUUAACCUGCACGAAGCCUCUGAUCAUCUAUUUGCUUCGCAGAUCACAUUCAAGAGCAUGUUGCAGGAAAGAUUGGUGUCUCAUGUGUGAACUAGAGCAACAUGUGAUGAUGCUAAGAGAAAGGGGGGGGCCUCUGUCUCCAAGCAGAAUCCUUUUGCAUAUCCGAAGUAUUAAUUGCCAAAUUGGCGAUGGAAGUCAGGAAGAUGCGCAUGAAUUUUUAAGGCUUCUUAUUGCAUCAAUGCAAUCUAUAUGCUUGGAGGGACUAGGUGGUGAGAACAAGGUUGAUCCUAUAUUGCAAGAAACAACUUUCAUACAACAUAUUUUUGGGGGGCGUCUUAGAUCAAAGGUCAAAUGUAUGAUAUGCCAUCAUGAGUCAGAACGGUAUGAAAACAUUAUGGAUCUCACGUUGGAGAUAUUUGGUUGGGUUGAGUCAUUGGAAGAUGCCUUGACUCAAUUUACGACUGCUGAAGAUUUGGAUGGAGAGAACAUGUACAGAUGUGCAAGGUGUGCUACAUAUGUUCGAGCUAGGAAGCAGUUGAGCAUACAUGAGGCUCCAAACAUCCUGACAAUUGUCUUGAAGAGAUUUCAGGAGGGAAGAUAUGGGAAAAUAAAUAAAUGGAUAACUUUUCCUGACAUGCUGGAUAUGAUUCCAUUUAUGACUGGGACUGGAGACAUUCCACCACUUUACAUGCUUUAUGCUGUUGUGGUGCAUUUGGACUCGCUGAAUGCAUCUUUCUCUGGACAUUAUGUGUCAUAUGUGAAAGAUAUGAAUGGAAAUUGGUUCAGAAUAGAUGACACUGAGGUUCAGCCAGUGCCAAUGAGCCAGGUGAUGUCUGAAGGAGCAUAUAUCUUAUUUUACACGAGGUCUUGCCCCCGCCCUCAAAGAUCAUACACUGAUAAAACCUUCCAGCAGCAAGUUCCUGAGUCUGCAAGGAACUGCAUUGCAAAAGCUCAGAAGCCUUCUAGGCCUGUACAAAGUAGACCUAGCAGCCAAUAUGUUGGUUUAGAGCCUUCAACAGAUCCAAGACCAGAUAUUGCUUCCAGUUCUACCAACCCUACUUCUUUCAGGAGUGCAAGCAGAAAUGUCCUGCCACCCAUGGAAGCAUACGCCGAGCCCAUCUGCAUGGAAUUCUCUGAUGCUACAUCAAGUGAUUGGUCGCUUUUUACAAGUUCAGAUGAGGCUUCCUUCACAACUGAGAGUACUAGAGAUUCUUUCAGUACUGUAGAUUAUGCUGAUACAUUCAAUAUAGAUUCAAUCUCGUCAAUCUUCAACACCCUAUAUGCUCCGGAAUACUCAAGAUAUUCUGCUUCUUGUAGAAAAUUUUCAAGUAGUAGACCACAUAUUGGGUUUGUUUCCGAACAGAAGGGCCAUGUUUUGAACUCAUAGCCGUCAACCCAGCCUCCUGACGAAGUACAGAAACAGGAGUUUUCAAAACAGCUUAUUGAUCCUUCAACCGAACUCUCUUCUGACAGUAAUUGCAGCGCAUUUGUAGAAUAUGGGAGUAACCCAAUACAUGGUCUUGAUCGAACUUCUGGUCAUUGCAAACACUAGUCGGUGGGAAUUAACACUUACUGAAGUGGUAAGUUAGCUAGGAAGAAAUCGUGCCUAAAAAUUUUUGUUUUCAUUUGCUUUCUUGACUGGGGCAUGUGAUUAUUAUUAAAUUAACGAGGAAGAGAAAUUCUCUUUACCAUUGACAUUGUUAUUUAAUGUAGGAAAGUGCUAGCAAUUCACCAA